ACCGUUUCCUGCUAGCGGAUUUUGUUUUUUUUGUUUCUGACGGUAUUAUCGCUGAGCGGCCGUUUCCUUCAUUCCUUCCUUCCUUCUCGUUCCUUCUGUGAAUAUAUAGUUUACCACGAGCUGGGCUCCUUCUCAAUCCCCCCUAAUGAAGCUCACCCUCAUAACCGCGGGCCUAUUCGCCUCUUCUUCUAUCCUUACGGCAAGCGCAAGCCCGCACAACCGCCGGCGCGGACCAUCGGGACGGGAAAUAAGCCACCACGCCGGGACCGUCAGCGAGAUAAGCAAUAGCAACAACGACGGAACGAGUAUAUCUAAAGGCUCAGAAGCUCUCAGCAAUGCCGCCGUGGCAGCACUCACCAUGAAAGAUGUCGCAGUAUUGGCUUUCCCGACGGACGUCGCAGCGGAACCGACGACCACAGUCACGUCAACUGUGACUGCCACUGCCACCGCCACUCCUACUGCUACACCUGCCUCUGUGAAGCGGGGGGUGCAAUACCUGGGCAGUGGUUAUCGUGGGCGCGGAAGGGCGGGCGCUCGCUCGGAGGAAGGAGAGGUGGAUAUGCUAGCUGCACUGCUCAAUCAUUCUUUCGAGCACGAGCCUUUACGACUUGGCGGGGAGUGCUCCCCAGGGCAGAAGAAGAAAAAGGGGUGCGCAGGGAAUAGUGUUGUUGAGUGCGGGAGCGAGGGGGUUUGGGAGCUUGUUGCGGAUUGCACUAUUCCCGGGUUGGAUCUUGUGUGUCGGGCUGUGAGGGAGCGGGAUAUUUGGAAGGGGGAUUGGGCGGUCAAUGUUAUUUGUUUGCAGAGUGAUCUUGUGCAGUAAGGGGAAGUUUUCGUUGCUAGGAUGAGAGGAUUAUGAGAGGAAUGGGAGUGGAUCAUAUUCUGUCACUCUCUGAAGAGUGGAAAGACAAUGUCGUUAUAUCACAUAAUUUCAUGUUCUGCUGUGUAUAUUGACCACGAUACUAGUUAGUUUGGGAAGGGUAUUAUGUGCAACAUUGAUAGUUUGGGAAGGACUAGUUUAAGAUACCCAGCAGGGUUUUGGUCGUU